UACGACGGUCUCACUGCUACAUUACUGGUGUGCGCGCUGCUUUGCAACUGUUUCUAGAAUUGUGUUUUUAAUUGCUGAAAUACAUAAAUAGUUUAUAAUGGCAUCCAUACUACGCACGGGCAAACUGUUGCGUUACUUUGCAGGCUUCACGCGGAAUGUGGUGGUCAACUCGGUGCGCGACUGCGAGAGCAACAAUCUCCUUCAAUCAGCGCCCUGCAUGUGCGGACAAUUCCAGAAUGGUUUUGCUAGCAAUGCUGCCGCCAGCAAGGCGGAGGUAACCUUAGAUCGACAAAUUCGUCGCCUGGAUCAAGAUGCGCGUCGCAUGGGCCGCAUAUCCAGAAGGGAUUUGGAGGAAGUGUUGGAUGAGAUACGCACACAUCGCACAGCGACCAGCUCACAGUCGCUGCUGGUCAUACGCUGCUGUGGCAAUCUGGUGCCCGAGGAGCUGCCUGAAGUGCGCACUGCUUUGGUCCAGGAGAUCUGGAAAACUCUGAAUGCCUUGAAUGUACCAAUGGAUAUAUCGCACUAUAAUGCCCUUCUGCGCGUCUAUCUGGAGAACGAGCAUCAGUUCGCGCCCACCGACUUCCUGGCCGAAAUCGAGGCCAAGGGCAUCGAACCCAACCGUGUGACCUAUCAGCGCCUGAUCGCUCGCUAUUGCCAGCAGGGCGACAUCGAGGGAGCCACACGCAUCCUGGAGUAUAUGCGCGGCAAGAAUUUGCCCGUGAACGAAAAUGUCUUCAACUCCCUCAUACUGGGACAUUCACAGGCCAACGAUCUGGAGUCCGCUAAGGGCAUCCUGGGUGUGAUGAAGCAGGCUGGGCUGGAGCCCACUGCCGACACCUAUACUACGCUCCUGUGCGCCUUCGCGCGCCAUGGCGAUAUCGAAGCACUGCAAUCGACGCUCGCCGAGUGCGAGCCAAAGGAGAUCAUCCUGCUGGACAAGGAUCUGUUGGAUAUUGCCUACACGCUGGCCGUGCAUGGAAAUGGCGAGCAUGUGGACGCAGUGUUGUCAAAGCUGCGCAUAUCCCCCGGCUUCAACCAGGAUGCGGUCAACAUUAUAUUGCGUCUGGUCAACAAGGGCCAGGAGGAUGUGGCUCUGAAGCUGCUACGACUGAUGCCGCGCAACUCACGCGUCAACGGCGAACUGGUUGAUGUGGGCGCUUUCUUCAUACGCCAGCUGGUCAAAGCCAAUCGACCUGUCGAGAAGAUCCUGAGCAUUUGUCGCACUCUCCAGUCGGAGGGCUUGAAUCCCAAGGCGUUGACCAUUGCCACUGAGGCGGGUCUGACGAAUGGCGUGAUGAACAAUGCACUUCCCCUGCUGCACGAGAUGAAGAAUCUGGGUCUGCCCAUACGUCAGCAUUAUUUCUGGCCAUUGUUUUGCUCCGUGGACUCCAACCAGGUGCUGGACGUAGUGCGUCGCAUGCAGCAGGAUUUCGCAUUGAAUCCCAAUUCCGAAACGGUGCGCGACUAUAUCAUACCCAAUCUGAAGGAGAAGAACUGGGAUCGUGUGGUCACCGUGCUCCGGGAUGCGGGUGUGCCCAAUUCCACAGCUGUUUCGUCCGCUGUCUAUGCGGCUCUGACCACCCAUCAGAUAGCGGAUGCUGCCAAGAUUAUGGAACAGAAUCGUGCCUACUAUAUGCCUCUGAUCUUCCGUCAGCCGCUCAUCCUGGCGCUGGCCCACACGAAUGAUUUUGCCUCCUUCAUACGUUGCGUGCGUCAGGUGUACGAGGGAUUGCAGCUACGGGCCGGCAAAGAGGCCACCGAGGAUGCAGCAGACGCAGCCACUGAUGUCGAAGCACCAGCCACUCCUGAACGACAGACACCCGAUGUGGUGGGCCAAAUUGUCUAUGAUGCGGCAAUCUACUUCCGACGUGAGCGUGUGCCUACUGUGGAGAAGAUAUUACAGGGCUUGGUCAAUCAGGGUCUGUCCCUGAGCAGUGCUAAAGCGACGGCGCUGUCCGAGCUGCUCGGCUCUGAGAUGACACCCAAGAUUGCCGAGCAGCUGGGCAAGCUUACCUCGGGCGAAUUGGAACCGAUUCCAUUGCCCAACAGUGGAAAGCGUCCCCUGGAUACAUUAACCAUUGACGAACUGGAACGCUUCAUCAAGAAUGUCGAAGCGAAGGGCGAGAACUCGAACAACAUUAAGCGCCAGCUGCUGAACGCCUGCUUCCGUUCGCAAAACCUGGAGAAGACGUUGCAGGUGAUCGAGCGGCUCAAGAAUGACACAUUCCAGAUCCCAAUCGGCAUCUAUGCCCAGCUCGUCGAUCUGUAUACGCACCACAAGCGCACCUCGGACGCCCUGGCGCAGUACAACAAGCUGCGCACGGCGGACGCCAAUUUCAAGCUGGACAACUUUAAGACCGUGCGGCUGGCGGAUUUGCUGCUGCAGGAGGAGCGUGUGGAUGAGGCGCUGCAGCUGCUCAAGGAGAACCAAAAGGAGGCCGCCGCUGAGGCCGGCGAGGGCAGCUUCAACUAUGUGAGCACAGUGUGGCGCAUCCUCAACAGCAUCGCUGAGACGGGCAAUGCGGAGCGGCUGAAGGUGGUCUUCGAUGCCCUCGUUGCGGGCAACUAUGUGGUGCCCACGAAUGUGCUGCUGGGGCCGUUGAUCAAGGUGCAUUUGUCGCGCGACGAUAUACCCAAGGCCAUCGAUGCCUUCGAACAGAUCUGUCAGCAGUACAAGGCGACGCCCUGGAAGAACGAGCUGGCCUGCCGGCUCAUCCAGAAGGAGGAUGCGGCCAAUUUGCAACGUCUCACGGAUUUGAGCACGAGCAUACACGGCGAGGUGAACAGCCUGUACGAUCUGGUGUUCUCCUUCGUCGAGUGCGGACGCGUCCGUCAGGCGAGAAAGAUUUUGGAGACACCGGGACUGCGCACCCGGCCACAGCGCAUCAGCAACGCCUGCGACCGGUACAAGAACGAGGGCAUGUUGCAGCCGCUGGAGGGCCUCAUUGAGGCGACCAAGGAUCUGGGUCACAUCGAUCGAAAUAAGAUCUAUUACACGCUGCUGCUCAGCUACGACAAGGCGGACGAGACUGAGAAGGCGCUCGGACUGUGGACCAAAAUGCAAGAGGAAGGGGUCACGCCCACCGAUGCAUUCCUGCUCAAGCUGGCGGAGCUGCUCAAGCGCAAGAAUAUUGACGUGCCCUUCGUGGUGCCCGAAACGCAGCAGCCGAAGAGCAAACGGAACAAGCCAACCAAUACAGAAGCUAAGGUGGGUGAGCAGGUGGUGCAAUCCCCUCCAGAGCCCAAGGUGGAACCUAAAGCUAAGGCUGUGCCCGCAGCCAAGCCCAUUUCCAACAUUGCCGGUUUCCGUCGUGCCAUCCAGGCCAACGAUCCGGAUGCCGCAAUUUCGUUCAAGGAGCGCGUCCUCAGCGGGGAUAAGUUCAGUGUGCUGGAUACAUCGCGACUAAUUGAGCUGCUGGUGCGUGCCGAUCGCUUAAGCGAGGCCACCAAAUACGUGGAGGAGCUGCUCGCUGAGAAGCAGCAUCCACAGCCAAAGAUCUUUAAAUUCUAUCUGAACAAAAUUGCUGCCUCGGGUGAUCUGGAGGUGAUGCAGCGCAUUCGCCAGCAGCUCAAUGAUGAGCAGAAGCGUCUCGUUUCCUUUGACAAUCGCUAUUGCCACGCCUACAUUGUGGCUGGAAAGGCGGAACAGUUACUUAAGCAGCUGAGCACAGAGAUCGAAGCGGUCAAGUCGUCGGAGGAGGCGGGCAAAUUGGCCGAGAAGUUCCCACGUGGCGGCGCCGUCGGCAUCUUGGACAAACAUCCCGAACUGAUUGCUCAAUACGAGACUUUGGCUGAGAAAUACGCCGCCCACAAUCAGCUCGGCCCGAUGAACGUGCUGUGGAUGCAUCUGAUAUCGAACGGCCAGGAGGUGGCCUCCAAGCAGAUCUGGGAUAAGCAUUUAUCGAGUGCACCGCGUCUGAUGUUCCAGCGUGUGCUGCAAACAGCGCGCGAGCAGCAGGACGAGAAGCUGGCCUCCACGGUGAUCUCACAGCUGCGCGGCAGCAAGAUCAGCGAAGGCGCCAUUGGCAAUGCGUACUCCUGUUUGAUAGACAUACAGACUACCAAGGGCAAUACGGACAAGGCACUGGAGGUGCUAGCCAACGCCAUCAAGGAUGUCUCUCUCGAGAAUAUCAAUCGCACGGCGCUACUGCGCCUCAAGCAGGCCGUCGAGGAGAAAUCUCAACAGUUUCCCUAUACAGUGCCCGAGAAGCGUGCCAAGGCGGAGGAUUCCAGCUCCUCGAGCAGCAGCAGCGAUGACGAUGUGACGCCCAAGCGGCCAGAAACAGCGCCCACAAGGCCAGAGCGUGUUUAGAUGGCACAUAGAAAUCGGAUCCAUUUUCUUAGCAUAAUCCUAAUUUAGUAUGUAUAUUGACCUACGAGAGGAGUGUAAGCAGAAUAUA